AUGGCCGAAGCCUCCAUCAUCAUUGUCUUCCUUUAUCUUCGCAACUCCUUCGUGCUUUUCCUAAUUGGUGUUUGUUUUGGAGGCCGCGGGCCCGAGGGGAGGUUGAGGGCUGUGCUGUUCUCUGUGGGCCCCCGGGAGGACGGCCGGAGCUGGUGGAGAAGCAGGGAGGAGCUGGACAGGAGAACUUCCUGUGCUCUUGGGACUCUGCUAGGCCCUCCAGUCCUUCACAGAAUCCUGACAACCUCCUCGGGUUCCACGGUCAGCUUUUACAGAGGAGAAGAGAGUCCGAGGCAGCUGAUGUACUUGCUGCAUUACCUGGAUGGGGAGAUGACGGUAGCCCCGCCCACUGUGUGCUACCAAGCCAGCAGGCAACUUCCUGCUCCGACUUCAUUCCAGACGACGCUAGAAAUACAGGGCACUGGUUUUAGAACUGCGGGCACAAAAUGCGUUACUCAUUUCACCACGGUGCAGUUAGUAGAAACUAGCAAACUCAAGCUUAAUGGACGUGAAGACGUGAAGCAAACAACCUUCCGACAUGUAAAUAAGCUGACACUAACAGAGAUAAUAUUGAAAAUGUCUUUAACAACUGGUAUGGCAGGUGCACAGAUGAGCUGA